GAUACAACGUGCGCGGAAGGGAGGGCUUUGACUGACUUCAGUCGGAGGAGGGAGUUCUCAUAGCUCAGGCGGUCAUUACAGCUACUGGGCGUCUCAUUGCAGAAAGCAGUGAGACCCAAUACAAGCUUGAGGAGUGACAUCUCAUCUAACAUCUGGGCACGUGGAAUCUGGACUAAAUAGUAAAUUCACAGACUGAGGAGUGUUGACAUGGAGGCAGCCUGGUGCUGGGUAGGCGAUCACGUUGGCUUCUGCGGUACGAUCAAGAACUCUGCCGGUGAUUUUGUGGUGACGGAGAUUGACACACGUGGAAGGCUGGUCAGUGACAUUCGAGGUGAUGGUGCCCUGGACACGUGUCCCAUUAACUACAAGCAGUUUAGAUCCCAUCCAACACCCAGCAAAAGGCUAAAGAAAUGGGAAAAUACAGCGGAAAGUGAUGAUGAACAGACAAACAUUGAUAAAUCUGAGGAUUUCACUGUUGUAGGCAGCAAAAUCAGCCAGACGGCUAGUUGUGGAUUGUCAGAGCCUGCACUUAAUUCCUCCCCGGCAGAAAUGGGAGGAAGUACUGUAGAGGCGCUUCUGGGCAGCUCGACAGCCACGUUGUUAGAGCAGUUUGCAAUUUCAGCUAAAGAAAACCAGCCCUCAAAGGGGGAGAGUGAGGCGACAUUUUCACUUGGGACUUUCCAAGAGAAAAGCCAGCGAGCAGCUGUCCACUUAGCUGUACGGAAAAGAUUUCCCUUCCUAAGGACUGUUACCAGCGGCACCGAGAUUCGAGUCAGGCUUGACCCUCUGUACGCCGAGCUCUGUCAGCUGGUGUCUGAGAAGGAGGCGGAUGGCUUUUUCCGCUUCUUGGAUUCGAAGGACCGAACUUCCAAGUUUUCUUUUCAGCCUGAUGGAAACAAGGAACAUCGGAAGGCUGUCCACCAUUUUGUAAGCCGGUAUUUUGGGAAGCUGCUGGAAACUAAAAGCUUUUUGGAGCAAGUUAAUGGAAGCCAGGGUGAUGCAGUGAUCACUGUGAGGUUUCGAGGCAAAACGAUCAGUGGCAGGAAAAGAACUGAUGAAUGCCAAGCACUUUACACAGCAUUCACCCUGUGCAAGGUGAACAUGGAAACUCUGGAUGCUGUUGCUUGCCUGGCCUCUGAACUUGGUGUGGUACCGUCGGACUUCAGCUACGCAGGCAUCAAAGACAAGAAAGCUGUAACUUCCCAGACCAUGGUGGUGAAGGAUGUGACAAUCAGCAGGUUAAAAGCAGUUCAGUCAUCGAUCCAAAACAAAGAUUUGAAAAUAUAUAACCUGCACCCUGCAACCCAGCACUUGCAAGUUGGGCAGUUGAAAGGAAACCAUUUUAGUAUCAUCAUAAGAAAUGUCAGCAAGUACCUGGAAGAUGAUCCUGAAGCAAGUCUGACUGAAAGGGUGUUUGAUGCCAUUGAGAAUAUCAAGGAGAAAGGAUUUGUGAACUACUACGGGCCUCAGAGGUUUGGCCUGGGACAGAACGUUCAAACAGAUCAGAUCGGUUUAGCUCUCCUCAAGCAGAACUUGGUGAAAGCUCUGCAUUUAUUCUUUACACCAGAAGAAGGAAAUGACCCUGUUAAUAAGGCCAAAAGGCAUUUUAUUCAUACUGAGGAUGCCAAAGCAACUCUUGGCCUGAUGCCUGAGUACAAAACAAGAGAGCGACUGGUGCUGCGUGCAUUGAAUCGCUAUGGCAAUGGUCACGAAGGCUGUACGCGGGCUUGGCUAAGUUUGCCACACAACAUGCGCAUUUUGUACGUCCACUCGUAUUGCAGUAAGAUCUGGAACAAAGCUGCAUCCUUCCGCUUGAAAACCUAUCGCAUGAACGUUGUGGAGGGGGACCUGGUCACCUGUGAUAGACUGGAGCAAGAUGACUCAUCUCAAAAUAGCCUUCAGGUGCAUGUGGUGACAGCCAAAGAUGUGGAAUCAAGCACGUACUCCAUUGACCAGGUUGUUCUCCCCAUGCCUGGCUACAGCGUCCAGUAUCCCUGCAACAAACUAUCUUCAUGGUACCAAGAAGCUUUGGCGCGAGAUGGGCUGGAGACGAGCAGAUUUCGAAUUCCCGCGCUGCAACUGAACAUUCCAGGAUGUUAUCGGUCACUCCUGGCACGGCCUCAUGAACUUGUGUAUCAGUGGUUGGAAAGUGAAGAGGCGCUCUGUGCAAUGGAAGACUUUGCUAUUGGCGAAUCCAAGCUGCUGCCAAAAACAGGCAAAGCUCUUUCUUUGUCAUUCAGCCUGAAUUCAUCAAGUUAUGCAACAGUGUGUCUUCGGGAAAUAAUGAAAUGCGGUGUGUAAUUCAAUGUACAGUAUGCUCUUUGACAGAUUCACUGCUGCAGUUGUCAGCGAGCCAGAUCUCCAGAACUUCCUCCAUUUCACUCUGGUAAUUUUGGACAAUUGAUCUGAGUUUACAACUCCACCCUUGCCCUAUUUGAACAGUAAUCUGCUGGAAGAACUCAACAGGUUGAGCAGCAUCUAUGGAAGAGAAGGAAUUGCCUAAGUAAGGCACUGCCUUGCCCUAUUUCACCUUGUGCUCUUACUCCUUUUGUUAUUUCACUCUCUUCCCUGCCAAACUUUGCUUCCCACCGUUCUCUGCUUGCUUUUCCGAAUUCUGGUGAAGCAUUAACUCAUCUUCCCUCAACACAGUAUCUCCAGCUUUUUCUGCUCUUGUUCUGUACUUCCAGGAUCUACAGUAUUUGCUUUUGUUAAAGCAUGCGUUCCCAUGUUUUCAAUGCUACAGAUUUAGAAAUAAACCCUGGUGUUUUUGUAGAAUUGACCAUCAGUGCUGACUUUUGGCGAUCAGUGGGUUUGAUUGAGCUGAUCCUGAUACACAGAUACAACCCACACUUGUGCACGGAUAAACUAAAUUUAUUAUGGCUACAAGACUCCCGAGGUUUCUAUAUUGCUACCUCAAUGCAUUCCCGGGAGAAACGGUGUUGAUGAGACCACAAUCUGCAGAGAGUAAGACCAUGCCUAAUGCAGCACCUUGAUAUCCAUCGGAUAGCUUGUGGUGAAACAUCUUUUCAUUGUCUCAUAAUGAGCAGAGAUAGUUAGAAAUGGGGGGGGGGGAUUUAAAUAAUGAAAAAUAGAAAAUGCUGAUUUCAAAAUACAAAACUGCCAGUAACUAAUUACGAACAUAAAUAUACAUUUAAUUACAGCAUAAAAGAAAAAGAAAAGAUUUGUACAUAUGAAUGAAAGCGUUCGGAACAAGAGUAGGACAUUUCAGGCGUGCCUGCCACAUCGUAACAUCAGAGCUGAUCAAAUUCUGGCUAAGUUCCAGCUAUGGUUGGAGUAACUUUGAUGAGCCAGAUAUGAAGCAGAGUUCUUUGGCUCAAUCCCUGUACUCUGGCACAUCGUGGCCUUGCCACUCCUUUUACAUCAUUACUGAACCUGUGGUUAGGUGGAAUCAUUGUGGACAGGGGUCCAGUAGAAUCACUUUAAGAUAGUGGCAGCAUUUUGAAUGUCAUUUAUUAGAUGGAAACCCAGGUGUGUGAACAGGUGCAUGAACUGGUGUGGGAAAUAAAGCCUACAGGGUUUACUGAUAAUUGCUGUUAACUUGUCAGUAGCAUUUAAAUCAAUGAAGGGAAGUUGGCUGGAAGCUAGCAUAUUGGUUGCUUUUUUUAGAAGUAUGACUGCCUCAAGGACCUUGGCUCCAUUGGGGUGUGAGUAGGAGGUCACAUAAAUCAGAUCUGUAUUUGAUUGUUAGCCUCACCACUGGUUUUAGAGCCCAUAGAUAAAGCUCAAGGUUAUGUGGUGGUGCUGUCAAAAUCCUCCCCAUGUUCAGCAUUGCUGGUGCAUUACAUUUAUAUCUAUGCGGAUUACUGGCAGCAAUGGUUUAUUGGAUUAACAUAAGAGGACAUAAAAUUGCAUCCAAUAUUGUCAACAUUAGUAGAGUGUUGAGAACACUUCAAUCAUAAGGUCUUCAGUUUUAGGUAUGUGAAAUGAAUGGUACAAAAUCUUGGGUUGUUUAAUGUGGAAUAUGGUCCCAGUAUACCCCUUUCUGGGUUUUCCUUUUACCAGUGGUUGAUUUAAGCGUUCAGGAAAAGAUCAAGCUGAAGAUUGAUUGUGUAUCAGUGUACUUUAGCAACAUAUGCAAGGCAGAUACUAUGGUUUCUUAUGUAUCUAUAUAGAUGGUUCAAAGAUCCAGUGACAGGUUGUUCAGGUGUUUCUGCUUAUGCCCCAAAAUUUCAGAUGACUAUUAAGAAAAGAUUAUUGAAUUGACUUUAUUACUUACAUUCUUCAUAUACAUGAGGAGUAAAAAUCUUUUGUGUUACGCCUCCGUCUAAAUGUGCAAUGUGCAAUUUAUAGUAAUUUAUAAUAAAUAGUAUGUAAAACAGGAUAGUCAAUAUAACAUAGAAAUAUGCAGCUGUAUCAGCAUGAGUUAAUCAGUCUGAUGGCCUGGUGGAAGAAGCUGUCCUGGAGCCUGUUGGUCCUGGCUUUUAUGCUGUGGUACCAUUUCCCGGAUGGUAGCAGCUGGAACAGUUUGUGGUUGGGGUGACUCGGGUCUCCAAUGAUCCUUCGGGCCCUUUUUUCACACCUGUCUUUGUAAAUGACCUGAAUAGUGGGAAGUUCACAUCUACAGAUGCACUGGGCUGUCCGCACCGCUCUCUGCAGAGUCCUGUGAUUGAGGAAAGUACAGUUCCCAUACCAGGCAGCGAUGCAGCCAGUCAGGAUGCUCUCAAUUGUGCCCCUACAGAAGGUUCUUAUGAUUUGGGGGCCCAUACCAAACUUCUGCAAUCAUCUUGUGCUGUUGUGCCCUUUUCACCACACAGCUGGUGUGUAGAGCACAUGAGAUCCUCAGUGACGUGUAUGCCAAGGAACUUAAAGCUGUUCACCCUCUCAACCCCAGAUCCAUUGAUGUCAAUAGGAAUGUAGCUUGUCUCCAUUCCUCCUGUAGUCCACAAUUAGCUGUUUUGUUUUUGCGAUGUUGAGGGAGAGGUUGCUUUCUUGAUACCACUGUGUCAGGGUGAUGACUUCUCUGUAGGCUGCCUCAUUAUUAUUUGAGAUUAGGCCAAUCAGUGUAGUGUCGUCAACAAAUUUAAUUACUAGAUUGGAGUGGUGGGUGGUGACACAGUCAUGGGUAUACAGAGAGUAAAGGAGGGGGCUUAGUACGCAGCCCUGAGGGGCACCUGCAUUGAGGGUCAGAGGGGCAGAGGUGAGGGAGCUCACUCUUACAAACUGCCAGUGAUCUGACAGGAAGUCCAGGAUCCAGCUGCACAAGGCAGGGUGAAGGCCGAGGUCUCUGAGCUUCUUGUCGAGCCUGGAGGGAAUUAUGGUGUUGAAUGCUGAACUGUAGUCCAAGAACAGCAUUCUCACAUAAGCAUCCUUCUCCAGAUGUGUAAAGACAGUGUAGAGAGCAGUGGCUACAGAGCCAUCUGUCGAUCAGUUGUAGGGGGUCCAGUGUGUGUGGUAGUAUGCUGCAUAUGUUGUCCUUGACACGUCUCUCAUGCUUAUUAUUGAGGACAUCAGUCAUACAGACAUGUUGCCUUGGUCUUUUUAGGUACAGUAUCAAUGGUGGAUGUUUUGAAGCAGGAGGGCACUCUACACUGGGAGAGGGAGAGAUUAAAAAUGUCUGUAAACACACCUGCCAUUUGUGCCAUGCACGUCCUGAGUACCCGCCCUGGGAUGCCGUCCGGUCCCGCAGCCUUGAGACUGUCCACUUGUUGGAAACACCUUCGUACUUCGGCCUCAGAGGUGACUAAGCUGCGGGUCGCAUCAGCUGACUAAAGUCUCCCCGAAGCUUCGUCAACACAUCUAGGUGAGCACACGGGGAGAUAGCAUACUCAACCACUGCUACUUACCCUUCCGCAACUCUUUCAAAAGUGCUCCUUCACCCCUCCAUUUGGAAAAUCGGAUCACUCCUCCAUCUUGCUGCUGCCAAAAUACAGACAGAAGUUGAAAUCAGAGGCGGCCAUAGUUACAACUGCCCACUGUUGGUCCAGCCAAUCAGCAUCCAUGCUGCAGGACUGUCCUGUACUCCAUGAUGUGGAUCUCUCCAAGUUCAUGGAUUGGGUCACAGGUUUCAUCUGGAAGUGCAGCAGUGAUGUUGUCCACUCAGAAACUGGUCAGGGUCUAUCCAAACCAGAAACCCUGGAUCAACACUUCCGUGUGAGCAGCACUUACCAUUCAACACAGAGCUUACAUUGCCGGUAAUUAGCAAGAGCUCACGAAACGCAGCUGCGAUCUGCGCAAAGUCAUCAAGGUAGCGAAACGAUAAUACAGGGACAAGAUCCAGAUACAACUUUCCACCAACAACACACGCAGCUUAUGGCAAGGUCUGCACACCUUCGCAGGCUUCAAAGCUAAAUGCAGUGGAGUUUCCAACAUCACUGCCUCUCUCCCAGCCGAGUUAAAUCAUUUUUACACUCAAUUUGAUGUUGCCAACAGUACUCAUGUCUGAGAUAGUUGCUGUCACGUUGAAAUGGGUCAAAGAAGUACGCCCUAAUUAUGUUCUUAGUUUUCACAUUCUUCUUGAGAUUGGACAACAUCUGUUGAGGCUGCAGGGUGUAGUCCAGGGGUGGGCAACCUUUACCACUGAAAGAGCCAUUUGGACCCAUCUCCCACAGAAAAGAAAACACUGGGAGCCACAAACCCCGUUUGACAUUUAAAAUGAAAUAACACUGCAUACUAUGUUUUUUUUUUGCCUUUAUGCUAUGUAUAAACAAACUAUAAUGUGUUGCAUUUAUGAAAUCGAUGAACUCCUGCAGAGAAAAUGAAAUUACAUUUCUGCAUGCAACAAAAACAUUUUGAAUUCUGAAAAAAAGACGUUGGGUUGAAGGUUACUUUUAAGUAAAAUACUCAGUGUCUAUUUGAGUGCUUCUUGUAUUUAUGAAAAACGCCGAACUUAAAUUGUCCGCCAGCAGCAAACCAAAAGUAACAUCAGCCAGCUGUCAACCUGCAAAAUAAAAGGACUAUUUCACUGAACAAUGAAAAAAUAUGAAUAUACGUAAAAUAAUAGGCAAUUAAAAUAUUUAUCAUAUUUGGUUAAUGGGAUUUCUGCUCCUGGACCUCAGCGCACAGCGUCUGCACAUCAGGGUUGUAUGAUGUCACCUUCACCUUUACACAGGAUCGCAAGCUGUCAUCUGUGAGGCGUGCGCGAUGUUUGUUUUUAAUAAAGUUCAUGUUGGAGAACACCUGCUCACAUACAUAUGUGGAUCCAAAGAUCGACAGGACUCCAAGUGCAUACUUUUUAAUGUUUACAUAAAUGUCGGGGAUAGCAUUCCAUGUUUCAAACACAAGUUUGUCCGGUUUAGGGAGGUUUUCAAUAUCACUCCAUUUGUGAUUUUGAGCAAGAACGGCCUUCUGACGGGCAACAUCUUCAAGGUCUGCUGUCAAGAGUCUAAGCUUGGACACCCAUAUGUCUUUGUCGGCUAUGUCGGCCAGUUCCAUCUCAAUAUCAGGUUGACUCACACCUGCCAAUGCAGUCGUAUUCAGUAGGGAUGGAUAGAUGCUUAGGGGAGUGACCGGGAAGGAUAAUGUGUUUUUUAUCUCUCUGAACUCACAGAAGCGUUUCACAAACGAUGUUUGCAUUGCGAUGAUUGCAGAAUGUAAAUACUCUGAAUUUAUCAUAUCGUGAGCUUGUUUGAACUCUCUCAAAUUGGGGAAGUGAGACAAUGUGCCUUUCUGUAAAUCUCUGGCAAGCACUGUCAACUUGCGCUGGAAUGCCAAAACAUCCUCCAACAUGUGCAGGGCUGUACGUCCUUUCCCCUGAAGAGCUGUGUUCAGCGUGUUCAGGUGCGCUGUCAUGUCUACCAUGAAGUGUAGCUUUUCCAGCCACUCUGGCUGUUCCAGCUCAGGAAAGGUGAGCCCUUUGCUGCCCAGGAAAGUUUUCACUUAUUCCAGACACGCGACCAAGCGUUUCAGCACCUCCCCUCUUGACAGCCACCAGACUUUUUUGUGCAGCAGGAGAUCAGAAUAUGCGCUUUCCAGCUCGUCCAGUAACAAACAGAAUUGACGGUGAUUUAAACUUUUUGCCAUUAUUUUCUUGACAAUCUGAAUGACAACAUCCAUUACUUCUGUGCAUUCCGGAGGAAAUGUUUGAGUGCACAGUGCCUCUUGGUGCAAGAUGCAGUGAAAAGUCAGCAGCUUUCUGUCCAGCGACUUCUGCAGUAAAACCACAAAUCCCUUGUGCGCUCCUGUCAUACUUGGUGCCCCAUCAGUAGCUACUGACACCAGGUGUGUGGUCUUUAUUACUUUGGCUCUUAAACAAUUCAAGACAGCCUCACAGAUGUCCUCUCCCCGUGUUUGGACUCUUAGAGGUAUCAACUCAAUCAUUUCUUCCUGUGGCCCGGCAGAGUUUACAUACCGGCAGAACAGCGCUAUUUGUUCAAUAUCACCUUUGUCUUUAGACUCGUUACAGGCAAUCGAGUAGGCCACAGCUGAAUUGAUGUCUUUAAUUUACUGUCUUCUGAUGUCUUCUGCCAUUUUUAUGGUUCUGUCUUUGACAGUCUUUGCAGAGAGGGGCAUAUCCCUGAUUUUCUGCGCAAUUUCACUCUUGUUUUUCAAGUCCGUGAAUAGAUGUUCUGAAAUCUUAAUGAAAGAUUCUUUUAUAUAUUCACCAUCUGUAAACUGCUUCCCGUGCCUGACUAUUUCCUGAGUGGCAUCAAAACUAGCAUAUGUCGUUGAUUUUCCAGACAUCAUCCACUUCUUGAAAUGAUUUUUGCUCAGAUCAACCUUCCGCAUCAGUCCUGAAACGGCUUUUUUUCUCUCAUCUCCAUCCGGAUAUUUUUGAGCAAAGGCUGCGUGUUUAUUCUGGAAAUGUCUUGCGACUUUUGACUUUUUGUUGUUUGCUAGCUUCUCAUUGCAUAUUAAGCAUACCGGUAAACCAGUCUCGUCAGCAGUGAAAGCAAAUGAAUCUGCCCACUUAUCAUUAAACGUUCUAUUUUCUUCAGUCACUUUUCUUUUUUUAGAAUUCUCCAUAGUUAGCCUGCCUUGGAUCGAAAAGUUAAAGAAAUCGCGCACUGGUGGGUGUCAGGCAUUGGCGACGAAUAUUAAUAGCGACAAAAAACACGUUUUAUUUAGAUUGUACAAGAUCACCAUAAUCUUCAAAUUUAGAAUUACAUUUCAAAAACUAACAAACAUAAAAUACAUUUUAAUUAAAUAUUUAUUUUCCAUAGGGAGCCGCAGCACGGAGAUGAAAGAGCCACAUGCGGCUCCGGAGCCGCGGGUUGCCGACCCCUGGUCUAGGCUGUAUAUCCAUUUCAUAUGGGUCUUUGUUCAUGUAGGGGUCGAAGGAAAUGAAAUGGCAGACAAGCAAUCACUUAAAAUUAACGAUGUAAGUGAGUGGUGCCUUUUCGUGAAGGGGAGGUGAAAGCCCUAAUUAAAGGAUCUAUUUGAUCACUGUGACAACAAAGUUGGGAUAAGGAAAAGAAAGGACAUUUAUGUAAAAUUCAAAGGAUGGUAGGAAGUCAACUGGGAGAUGGUUAUAACAGGAGGGAAGAAAUUGUACUUGCACAUUUACAUAUUGGAUGUACUAGGAUGAAUAGUUCCUUGACUGGAAUUAAUAUGGAUGAUAUGUGUAUUUCUAGGGUGUGUACUUUUCAAGAAAUGGUGCAGUGUAUAUUGUUUGAAUAGUAGAAUACAUAAGUGCAAAGUCUAGGCAAGUGUGCAAAAAAGCAGAGUGACUUUAAUCCGCCAUACCAAAUACAGCUAUAAGCGGGCAAGGUCUCAGUGUCACCCCCAAAACCUCACUGAUAAUUUUAAAAACCAGUGCCCACUAGCCAUCAAGCCGAGGGUAAGACCAAAUUCCAUGCACUAAACCAGUUGGAGAGAAGGAACACCUGUCACAGCCAGCAUCUGUCCGGGGAUAUAUGUCAGCAAGCCAGGCUUUACUUGAAUGUACCCUGUGUAAAACUUUAAAUUGUAUGAGCCCCAGUCUAGCACAUGAUAACGAGGAAUGAACCUUAUUCAAUGCUUUUGUUGCUUUUGUCCAAUAUUCCUCAGCCAGAUCCAUACCAAGGUCAUCCUCCCACCUAGUCUUAGUUUUGUUUAGAUCUUGAACUCCCAAAGACAUCAGCUGAGAGCACAGUGCAGAGAUCAGCCCUUUAUUAUUAAAGCGAAGAGUGAGUUUCUCCCACAACAUAACAGGUGGUAGAUCAGGAAAAGAGGGAAAUUUUUCCUUGACAAAGUGGUGAAUCUGCAGGUAUUUAAAAAAAAUUAUUAUGCAGAAGGCCAUAUUUACUGCACAGGUUAUCAAAACUAUCAAAUAUGUUAUCAGUGUACAAAUCCUUCAAACCCCAUUGUCUAAAAAUUGAAUCGAGUGUAGAGGGGAGAAAUAGAUGGUUUCUAUGAAUGGGACCCAAAACUGAAGCCGAUAUGAACUUACUGUGGCAGCGAAAUUGUUUAAAAAUUGAGGGUGGAGAACACGACCGGGUUAGAUGUGAAUUGAGAGGAUUUCAAUGGCAAGGAAGAAUACACGAAAGCUGGGAGAGACGAGGUGUGGCAAGACCAUGUCUCAAGCAGGCACCAGUUUAUAUCUGUCCAGUGGAGCCAAAAUAAUACCUUUUGAAUGUUUGAUGCUCAGUAAUAAUGAUUAAAACUAGGAAGGCCCAUUCCACCUACAUCACGACCUCUUUGGAGAAUGCACUUAUUAAUUUAGGCCCUUAUUUUCCCCAAAUAAAGGUGGUUAUAGCUUGGUUGAUUGAUUUGAAAAAUAACUUGGGUAAGAAAACUGGCAAGCACUGGAACAAAUAAAGAAAUCUGGGAAGUACAGUCAUUUUCACUGAUUUUAUUCUCCCAGCUAUAGUAAGGGGUAAACUGCGCCAUCUCUCAAAAUCAGCCUUCAUUUAGCUAACCCGAGGCCUGUAGUUAGCUGCAGAGAUGUAAAAGAGCAAGUAACGUGUAUUCCUAGGUAUACAAAAUCCUUGAGAUAAAGGAAAAGGCAAAGAUUCCUGUUGGAUCCGUAGGGCCAAGUUAUUAAUGGGAAAGCAUUUGCUUUUUUGAAAGUUCAGUUUAUAGCCAGAGAAAGCUCCAAAUUGCCCUGAAAAUGACAUAAUGGCAGGAUUGCUACCUACAGGGUCGUUAACAUAAAGUAAGAGGUCAUCCGCAUACAGGGAUACACGGUGUUCCAUGUCCCCUCUCCUAACGCCUUGAAAUAAUGUAGUUGACUUAAAUGCAAUAGAAAGAGGCUCAAAAGCAAUUGCAAAAAGAAGCGGGGACAAUGGGCAGCCUUGGUGAGUGCCACGUGUUAAUGGGAAAUAGUCAGAUCGAAAAUAAUUCUUCUGUAUAUACGCUAAAGGGGAGUGAUAUAAUAGCUUAACCCAGGCUACAAAUACUCUGCCAAAUCCAAAUUUCUCCAAAACACUAAACAAAGAUACCCACUCCACUAUCAAAUGCCUUCUCCACGUCCAAGGAGACAACAACCUCCGGACUUGGAGAAUCACAGGGUGAAUAAACCACAUCAGCCAGUCAACGGAUAUUAAAAAAAGAAUGGCAAGUUUUAAUAAAAGCCUGUUUGAUCAUCUGAGAUUAUCUUGGGAAGGGGGUUUUCUAAACGGCACGCAAACACUUUAGCCAGAAUUUAGCCAGAGAAGUGAAACACAUCCUGUGAAAGAGUAGAGGGUAAGGAACCAUCCUCCAAAGAUUCCUGAAACACUUCUAGAAGAACCAGUAUGAGCUUAUCCUUAAAUUUCUUAUAAAAUUCUAUCAGAGAACCAUCAGGACCUGGGGACUUACCACUCUGCAUAGCCAUAAUGGCAUUAUUAAUCUCUUCCUGCCCAAGAGUCUGAUCUAAAUUCUCCACCUCCUCUGGUUCAGGAGCUGGUAUUUCCAAAUUAUCUAAAAAUUGUUCCAUAUUUGUUAUCUCUGAGGUAUACAGAGAGGAAUAGAAAGUUGCAAAGAUGUUAUUAAUCUCUUUUGGAUUGCUUGUCAAGUUUUGGUGCGUGUCUCUUAUCUGGGGAAUAAGUUGUGAUGCAGCUUGACGCUUCAACUGAUAAGCCAUAAGCCAGCUCGCCCUGUUACCAUAUUCAUAAUAGAGGCUCAAGAAUUAAUUGUUCUGAUAGGUUUGUAGAUAGAAGAUUAAAGUUUGCUUGCAAAUCAACCCGGCUUUUAUAUAAUUCCGCAGUGGGUGCCUCAGAAUAUUACCUGUCCAGAUCCAAAAUAGAUUGCAAUAACACUUGCAUUUCCUUCCUAUGCUCUUUAUUGGCAUGUGAAGUACAAGAUAUUAUUUGACCCCUCAAGUAAACUUUUAAAGUUUCCCAAAGAGUGUGAUAACGACUCAGUUUUGUUAGCCUCGAAGAAUGUGUCAAUGUUAGCCAAUAUAUAACUACAGAAUUUCUCAUUGGAAAGCAAAAGGGGGUUAAGUCUCCACAGAGGCCCUUCUCUGAUGUUUAAAGGAAAACAUAGGUUCAGUUUCACAGGCGAGUGAUCAGAUAUAAUUAUAGCAGUGUACUCAACUUGUCUAAUCAUUGGUAUCAAGGAACUAUCUAUAAAGAAAUAGUCUAGCCUGGAAUAGGAGUGGUGAACAUGAGAAAAGAAAGAAUUGCCUAACUAAUGGAUUCAGAACGCUCCAAGUAUCAUAUAACCAUUUUGUUGCAUAAACAUCGCGAAGGCCUUUGCCAUACCAUAAAAUGUUCUCCUAGAGGUAGACCUAUCAAGCUGUGGGUCAAUAGCACAGUUCAAAUCUCCUGAAAAGAUCAGCUGGUGUGUAUUCAGGUUCGGUAUUAAUGACAAAACCUUAUUUGCAAAGUGGAUGUCAUCCCAAUUAGGGGCAUAAACACUUACCAAAAUGACAGGUAUCUGAAAGAGAGAUCCAGAGACUAUAAUAAAGCGACCAUUAGGGUCACUGAUUACAUCAGAUGGUGUAAACUGCAUUCUUUUGGUGAUUAAUAUUGCCACCCCCCGGACCUACUAUUAAAUCUGGAAUGGAAAACGCGACUAAUCCAUGCUUUUAUUCUAUUAUGGUCUUCCACUCUUAAAUGUGUCUCUUGUAGAAAUAGUAUAUCUGCUUUUAAUUGUUUCAGAUGAGAGAAAACUUUAGCUCUUUUAACAGCACCAUUGAGCCCCUUUACAUUCCAAGAAAUAAACCUCACAGGGUGGCCUCCGUCAGCAGCACUCGUGUUAACCAGAUUAGGAGACACACAGGGCCCACAAUCCAAAACAGUGCGAGGGCACGAGCUAUACACAAUAACACACAAUGAAAAGAAAGUCUGGCCAAUCUGUAACACACAAAAGAAUAAGCUGCCAUGGUGAUCCCCCAAAACACUCCCCCAACACCCCUUUACACAAACAAGCAAAAACAAUUACCACCCCCCCCCCCAAACCUAGAUCUACCUCCCCACAGGCAUUACCAAACAAAAAACUUCCAAAGUGUUCCCCAUACAACCAAAACUUUAAUCUAAUCUAGGCUGGCUCCCCUCCUUAAAAUUUAUAGCAACACUUUUAAUAUAUAUAGGCUAAAGAUAACACAGGUCAAACAAAGCAUUAAAAACAAAAAAAAAACUAGGAAACUAAAUGCCAGAGAUACAAAUACCAAAUAUUUACAUUUUGCUGGUUGAAAGAUUUUAUUAAUCAGAUUCCGCAGCAUAGCAGUUCGACCCAAUCGUCUUCCACAAAUUAAACUGGAAAAAAUGAACAAAGAAGUGAAUCAUAAAAAUUAACUGUUUGCCUCGGCAGGAGAUCCCUUCAAUGCUGCAUGAAUAACCUAAAAAAAGUCACUGCUCUUCUCAUUCUUCUCCCCAGCGCAAAUGGUAAUACUCUUUGGCCACCUCUGGUAUACUGAAAUAAUGCUUUUUACCUUCAUGGAUGACCUGGAGCCGGGCCAGAUACAUGAGGCUGAACCUGACCCCUUUCUCAUAAAGCAGGGAUUUCACCUCCUUGAAUGCUGCUCAUUUUUUCCCCAGCUCUGCACUAAAAUCUUCAUGAGAAAACGCAAUGUCCGUGGAUAUACAGCUCCUGCUUCCGUCUACAGAUGAUGCGUUGCUCAUCUUGAAAGAAGUGAAAGAGAACCAAGAACGUUCUUGGUCUCGUUUGCUUGGCUUCAAAGACACCGGAUGGUUUAGGCCUGACUUGAUGAGCACAUGAAAGUACGGGAGGCCUUGGGAAGAAAUUUGUCCCCAGCCCUUCGUCAAAAAACUCGGUCAUAAAUUUAAACCUUCCAAAUUUUCAGGAAUGCUGACCACUCUCAAAUUGGAUCUCUGCAACCAAUUUUUGAGGUCAUGUAGCUUUCCCUUCAGAAAUGCGUUUUCGCUCUGCAACGCUGCAAUGGCGGCUUCGGUGCUCGCCAGUCGGUCACUAUAAUCAUUCAGGCAAUCUUAAGACAUAAUUUGUUCCAUGGCAGCAUUCACUGGUGACAAAGCAUCUUCAAGUUCUUUCUCGGGCAGUAUGCACUACUUGCGUCAUGUCAGUAAGAAGUACUAAGCGAAGCCUCUCCAGGUCAUCGGGUAGCACAGGUCCAGCAUUGUGCAACGGCGCCAUUACCAUAACAUCAGCUUUCUUGCUCAAGGCUUUGCUAUCUUUUUCCCCGGUUUUCCUUCGAAGGUGCAUUUUAUUUGCCAUGUCAGUGUCCAGCAAUGUCCCGGGUUGUUCACAGUGUUGAAUUUUCAGUUAUCUUGAGCAUACGGCAAAGAUAAACAGCUAGAUUUUCAAUAAAAAUUGGGAGCCACACUCUCAUGCACCUACUCACUCCAUGCACAACUCAAGAGUCCUCACGUAGAGACUUUCUGAUGUGUAUUCAAAAUGGCUUUCAGCAUUCCAUCCAGGAAGCAGUGAGGAAGAGGAUGCACAGUAUUAGAUCAAAUAAAAAGCCAGCUUAAUUGUGCUUGAGCACUUAUCUUAUCAUGAUCAUAAUUUCACAUGCAGUGCUGUGUACACACAUCUACUGACGCCUCUGGACACAUCUUCAGUGAUUUUCCUGGAAUCAUCGGGUCUUUCAACAUCAUACACCCUCCUGCAGGUGACCCUGCCGGGGCUGAUCAGAACCCAGCUUGUGUCCAGAUGGCUAGCUGCUUAUGACUCCAUGGCUCCCCUCUUCUGAGCCACAGCCACCUUGAGGCCCUCUCUGCCACUUCCGUGGUACUGCGGAUGUCUCUCCUCUUCCUCUCUCCUUCAAUGCCCAAAUUGCUGAAGGCUCUGGCUAAGGAACGGGCUGCGAAUCCUCUACAUCCAACCUCCACUGGGCGACACCUCGCUCUCCAUCCGGCCUGCAGGCAGUUGCUGACCAGUCCUGCGUACUUUCCUUUCAAAGGCUUCUUCCAAGUGAUCUUCCCAUGGGACUGUCAGUUUCAUCAUCACCAUUCGCUUCGUAGACUCAGACACAAUGACAGUGUAUAGUUGCAGGGUGGCGGCUGCAAUAUGGUUGGGGAACUUCAGCUGCCGUUCAAGGUCCACCAACAGCUGCCAGUCCCUUGCAGAGGUCAGGAUGUCUGCAGAUGUUCUUUUGGUGGAUAUUGGCCUCUUUCCCAGCUCUGACAAAGGCAAUGGUCUGCUUGGAGGGUCGGGACCGCUUCGCCCACUCCACUCCUGAGCUGAUGGCUUCAGCGAUGGUCUUCAGGACCUGAUCAUGCCUCCAACGGUACCGUCCCUCACCAAGUGCCCUUGUGCAGCCGCUGGGGAUUCCUCGCUUGGAGCACAGCGGGCACACUGAUGACUCUGCCCCAUGCGUGCAGGUUUGAUGGGCUUGGAAGCACAUCGUACACCGCCUGGGUGAGAAAUUGGAUGUGGUAUGGUUCGACUUUCCAAAGCUCAGCCCAGGUCACUUUCCUCUCCACCACAUUCUCCUGUCUUGUCCAAGCACCCUGUAGCUUCAUUUCUACCGCCUUGCAGGUUUUCAUCUCUUCCACUGCUGCUCUCACCUCCUCCUGAACUAGGCGACAACUUUCCUUCCCUCUGAUGGUGUCCAUUUGGGGAGCUGGAAAGGAUCCUGGCCCAGCUGGGCCUCAUGUGACCACUCCCACCAGCCUCCUGUGACGCAGCCUUUCCUCUGCUUCCUGAACAGCUUCCUCCACCCUCCAUUUCCUGCCAGUCCUCACUUGGAUCCCUGCUCGAGCCAGCUUCGGAUCACUUGAGUCCCUGUACUGUACCACUUCUCUGGCUCUUGUUACCUUGAAUUCCUCCUCCAAGGAUUUGAAGGGCCUUUGCAGUUUGUUGUGGUGUCGAUAGAGUGUGAUGCUGCUCAGGCUCCUCGGCAGCCCCAGCCAUCUCCUGAGGGGCUUACUGACCCUCCCCUUUAAGGUUUCGACUGUCGAGAUCGGAACUGCACAGACGAGAAGAGGCUCACAGGAUUCUGGGAAGAAUGUUAUGUUGAUACACCCAGGCUUUAAACUUCCCAGGUAGGCCAGACUUGUCCACAGAUUUCAGCCAGCCAUCCAUCUGGUGCAGGUGGCAUGAAUGGAUGCCGUGUCCCUUAGAGAGCUGUCAAAAACCUUACCUGACCCCUUGACUGGCUUUUCUGUGAUGGGAUGGCUGUGCCUGCAAUGCUGAACCGGAACCCCCGCCUUCCCUUUCCUCGGCACCAUUGAUCUUGAUUUGGCUGGUUUGAAACACAUCCCGGCCCGCUCCACCAGCUUUUCGAGCCCCUGCAGAAUCCACCGGCAGCCUGGGACUGAUUCUGUGGUGACUGUGAGGUCAUCCAUGAAUACUCUGAUGGGUGGUUGCUGUUGAAUGGAAUUCAUUCUGGGCUCUCUGCACUCUGUUUCAGCAGACUGAGUGAGCAUGUUCAUGUCUAGGGAGAACAGUGUCACUGAGAUAGUGCACCCUGUCAUGAUGCCGAUCUCCACCUUGUGCCAGCUCGAUGUAAUUGCUCCUGAAGAGACCCUCAUCCUGAAGUUGCUGUAAUAAUCAGCGAUAAGGUCUCUGAUUCUGCUGGGGACGUGAUGUUUAGUCAGUGUGAGCUGCACCAGCUUGUGCGGAAUGGAGCCAUAUGCAUUUGCCAGAUCGAGCCAAAACACUGACAGGUUGCCCUUAUUCUCCCUGAUGAGCUGUGUCACCACUCUGGUAUGCUCCAGAUAGCCUGGCAUCCCUGAAAUGCCACCCCUCUGGACUGAGGUAUCGAUAUAGGUGUUCUUUGCUAGGUAGGUGCACGGCUGAGUGGAAACUGUGCUGAAGAAGAUCUUCAGCUCGACACACAGCAGAGAAAUGAUAUGGAACUAGUCUGUCUGGGUGUUGUUUUCCUCCUUCGGAAUCCACACCCCUUCAGCCACUCUCCACUGUUCUGGGAUCUUCCCCCUUCUCCUGAAGAUUUGCAGCAUCUUCCACAGACACAACAGGAGUUGGGGGCAGUUCUAGUACACUUUGUACGAGGUGCUACUUGAUCCUGGAGCCGAGCUUACCCUUGCUUUGCUGACGAUGUCUCCGACCUCCUUUAGCUGCAGCUCUGACAUGUUGAACUGCACAUCUGGAUCGGGGAGUCUGUUGGGGUGUUGCACUCCCCCAGCUCCUGCUCUCUUUCAGGAUCAUUGUAAAUCUUCAGAUGUUGGUCGGUGUCUUCCUGCAAACAGGUCAGUUUCCCACUGCGCCUCUGCCCCAGCAACUCCUUGCUAGACUUGAAGGGGUUGGCAAUAAAGGCAGCAUGUUUUUGGGCCCUUUCAUGACGCCGUCUCCGAUGCCACUCUGCCCGGCGGUAUAGUAUUUGAAAGAUAAAAAAUAGGAAAUCUGUUAAUGUUCUGAAUUUAUGUUAGACUGACUUUCAUGCAAUGAGGCUGGAGGCUGUUCACUAGACGUCUUCUGAUGAAUACAGUGUUCAUUGGGGGUAUUCCUGAAAAGUGAAAUGCUACACAGCUUUCCACCCUCCAUUUCUUCUGCCUACCUACACUUCUUUCACUUCUCUAUCUUUCUCCUCAAUCUCCUGUCAUCACCCUCUUUCCCCUCUCCCUUGUUCACCCUUACCCCAAUUCACAUCAUUCUUCCAUUGUGCUCACAAUAGACCUCCCUUCCCUCCAUUUCUCUUACUUCCUCCAAGCUCCUUUGCCCACCGAACCUCCUGAACAUGUUGACCCCACCCAUUCCCCAACUCUUGGCUCACAGCAGCCCUCUCAUGUGCCUACUGCUCACCCUGACUCUUCUCCCACUACCCAAUCGCAGUCACACCAAGCAAGCUUUGCUCUUCUUCCUCUUCCAAGCCCUGAGAGAUGAGAGACUAUUGGGGAGGGAGGGAGCCACAAGACGAGGGAGAGGUUGAGCUGCUUGAGUUGCAUCCACCCAAGCAAUCACUGUCUGGAGAUGGUGGAAAGUCUUUGGAAUAACAGGAAGUGUAUCACUUAACUGCAGGAUACCUUUAUGACUCGCUACUUGACACUUCAGCUAGAAGCUCAAGACCAUUCAGGAUGAUGCAGCCUGCAGAAAAAGCCUUCCAUCCACACUCCCAGUUUCGUUUUCUCCACUGCCAGUACUCUGUGGUUCCUUAGCAUGCCACCUGCAAAAUCCAUUUCUUGCCUACACCACCAAGUGUGAUUUUGGGUCUGAGGUUGAUGGAUAUUUGUUGGAUGUCAGGGGACAUACAACUAAGUUGGGGAGAUGUGUUUAAUUGAUGCGGUUUGUGGAUUUGACUCUAGUUCAUGUUAUUAUGUGUUUCUGGUCACACCUUUUUGUUGGUAUUUUGUGCCAUUCUGAUCGGGACAGACUAGCUCUGCAGCCUAAGUUUAAUGAAUGACACAGCUAGACUGAACUAAACUGAGCUGAACUGAAUACACCUGGUCUGGUUGAAUGAUUUGUGGUUGGUGUUUUAUUUUCUUUGUUUUUUGCUUAUGUGUUUUUUUUUGCAGUUUGCGCGUUUUGUGCGAAGGAGGUUUAAUUUUUUUUCUCUUUAAAAGGGUCCCAUGGCUUUUCUUUCUUUGUUUUGUGGCAGUUUGAGAGAAGAUAAGUCCCAGGGCUGUGUACUACAUACAUAUUUUGAUAAUAAAUAAAUGUACUUUGAACCUUU